AUGAAAAGGUCCGAGUCUAUGAAACUCAUUUUUCUCAAUGACACGACUUCCACUGCUAGGUGCCAGCUCGCAACUGAUUCUAAGCCAAUUUCCCCUAGUAUCGACCCCAGUAUCAUUGAAACGGGAGAGGUUGUUUUCGGGCAGGAGGUUGGGCUCUACCUACCAGGACUUUGUGCUGAUUACGUACCAAAAGCUAUCGACGAAUUCGACAGUAGCAGUUUCGAAGGUGUUGAGAUCGAAGGUCCGAUCGGUUUGAACAUGACGGCUUUGGAAGCUGCUGGUGUAAAUCUGACCGCACUCGCUGAAAAAUUACGGAAUGACACUGAGGUAGACGACAUUCUCAGCAGAACAAACGCCUCUAUUAAGACAUUGGGUGGAUCGUUCAUUCUUCCUGUACUGAACAAGAAUCAAUAUGAUCCUUUCUCCGCCCCAAUUGUCUUCCAGGGAAGUGCCGUUGUUGUUCGAUUUGGUAUCUACAUAGAGUCGAUGUCCAACUUUCAAACAUCGACUAUGGACUUAGAGCGCAAGUUCCGUUCAUCUGAGUCAACUGAGACAGCACUGUUACAGGAUUACGAUAUGGAUAUCUACCUUAUGAUGGCAUGGAGAGAUGCGCGGCUUGUGAAUCCCGUCAAGAUCAAACCGUCGUGCAAUCUCAUCUUGUGCAAGUACCCACACGACAAGCAAACCUGCGAUCUGCUUAUCAAGUCCUUCGCCUAUCCCGUAGAGACUGUACGAUUCGAAUGGUUCACACGCCGAGUUGACGCCAUCGACAAGAAUCCUGAUGUUAAGCUGCCGGAGCUGUAUAUUGACCGUUAUGAACCAACACUGUGCAAGAAGACAAGAAAGUCAGGCGCCUUUUCCUGCCUUCGAGCUGUAUUCCGCCUCAAGAGAGACGUCGGAUUUCACAUCGCUCAAACUUACAUUCCAACUUCGUUGGCGUUGAUGUUCUCUUGGGUUGGGGUUUGGCUACCCGAAGAGUUUAUGGAGGGUCGAAUCGGUGUCGCUAUCACCGUUUUGCUUACCCUUUCCACAGAAUCAGCUGGUGCUCGAGAGCAUCUACCAAGUGUCUCCUAUCUGAAGGCUAUUGAUCUCUGGUUUGGUUUCAUCACGGGAUUCGUAUUUUUCACAUUACUACAGACGUUGUUCGUGAUCGGCUUCGACAAACGAUCAAUCAAUUGGUAA